GUUGAUAUUGGUUUGAUGAGGAAACGGGAGGUUUAAAUUAAAUUAAAUUUAUUUAUAAUACCCAAAUACUAUACUUCUAUUACUAUUAUAGCUUUUUAUUGCAAUAUUGUUUUGUAUGAUUGCUCUUAAUAUCAAGCAAUUGGAUUGUAUUAGAUGGCGUUUCCUCAGCCAAAUGCACAAAGAGAGUUGACAAAUAGGAAGAUAUUAGAGGAAUUGCAACUAAAGAAGCAGAUGCUGUUAAAGCAGGGAGCUGUGGCCCCACUUACUGCAACCACAAUCUCGCUCACACAACCAAGCCCUGUUAACCAGUUGCCCAUGUGCUCUAUACCACCACUUUCAGCAACAGCGGGAUUCCCGCAACUACCUGAAGCUAACAUAGUGAACACAAGUCACAGAGCUGCUUUGCAGCACGCAACUGCAACAUCUUGCGGGUACUUUGUCUCCCAAGACUCAUCAUUUGGCAACCAGAUAUUACCUGUACUGCCUAGAUUUGAGAAUAAGUGAUUAUGUCUGCCAUAAUCAAGUUGAAAACCC